AUGGGAGGGAGCCAAGCCAGUUUUCAACUUUGCCUCUACAGUGAAACAGAUUCUGAUAGUUCAAGCUCCUCCUCUUCAUCCUCAUCCUCAUCUUCCUCCUGUGUAUCACUUCCUCCAGUGCUGUCAGAUGGAGAGGAAGAUGCUCAAGUUGAGAAGGAAAGUAAGAAUUUUCCUCUUAAAACAAAAGAUGAGCUGCUUCUCAAUGAACUGCCUUCUGUUGAAGAACUCACUGUUACUCUGCCAGAAGACAUUGAACUAAAGCCUCUUGGGAAGGUUUCAAGCAUUAUUGAACAAUUAGUAAUAAUUGAGUCUCUGACUAACAUUCCUCCAGUUAAUGAGGAGACUGUCGUUUUCAAAAGUGAUCGACAAGCAGCAGGGAAGAUAUUUGAGAUAUUUGGACCUGUUGCCCAUCCGUUUUAUGUGUUACGGUUUAAUUCUUCAGAUCACAUUGAGAGUAAAGGUAUCAGAAUAAAGGACACUAUGUAUUUUGCUCCAUCGAUGAAAGACUUCACUCAGUACAUAUUCACAGAAAAACUCAAACAGGACAGAGGAUCGGAUGCCUCUUGGAAGAAUGAUCAGGAACCACCUCCAGAAGCCUUGGAUUUCAGUGAUGAUGAAAAAGAAAAAGAAGCCAAACAGAGGAAGAAAUCUCAGAUUCAAGGGCGGAAAAAACUCAAAUCAGAAUUGAAUGAGUCAAGUGAAGACUGUGGGGAAGUGCACCAGAAUUGGAAUGCUUUUGGCUCUUCUUCAGAGUACUCAAAGGGCUAUCACAACAGAGAAUUUACCAGAGGCUUUCCCAGGGGUCGGUUUUCCCGAGGAAGCCACAGCAGGCCUCCGCCUCAGCAGUUGUAUAAGUCAGAUCAUAUGGCAUCUCAAAAGACUUUGGGGUUUCCACCUCAGAGACAAGAUAAUCCUGUCCUGCCCCACUACCCCUAUCCCCCUCCCAUGUUUGAUAUGCAUAACUUUUCACUCCCUCCCCCACCCCCACCCCCAUCUGUAAGCAUGGGGUGGGCUCCACCUAACAUGGCCUCUCAUCCCUUGCUUAAUUUACCAUACUCCCUGCCCCCACCACCCCCUCCACCACCCCCUCCCCCUCCCUCUCCUGGAGAGAAUAAGUCUUCUCAUUUUGGACCUUAUUAUUAGAUAUGUACUUGUAUUUCAGAAAAAUAUGGACUGCUCAGAUUAUAUGUUAAAGAAUUUUUUUUU